AUGGAGACGGGAUCAGAGCCCUUCCCGCCUCUGCCCGGCACCACCACCACCACCGAGAGCGCGACGGCGACGCGAAGGAGGACGAGAAAGGCGAGCAUCUUGGGAGAUGACUUGAAAGUGGGCGACACCGGCUCGCCGUCGCUUGCUACGAGCAUUGCGCACAUCCAGGCAGCCCACUCCAAUGAACCCCCCUCCCCCCCAUCAACAAAACGCACCUCCAAACGCCGCAAAGCCCGCACCCUCCUCCGCCGAGUCAAGCACACGUGCGUAAAACACACUUGGGUCCUCCCCUUGUUCCUGUUGUCUUGCUUCCUCCUCGGCUACGCAAUCAACCCUACCUCCUCCAACCCCCUCUCCCACUUUUUGUUCCUGUCGUACAGACUCCCCCUGUCGGAAACCCCGGGGGCGACCCACGUCCAGUACGGCAAGGGGCUCUGGGACAUCGCCUUUGUGACCUUUUACACCGUCGUCCUCUCCUUCACGCGCGAGUUCAUCAUGCAGGAGGUCCUCCGCCCGCUCUCCCGCUGGGUCGGGCUCAAGUCGAGGGGGAAGCAGGCGAGAUACAUGGAGCAGAUGUACACGGCGCUCUACUUUGGCAUCAUGGGCCCGUGUGGCAUGUGGGUCAUGUCGAGGACGCCAAUCUGGUACUUUGAUGUCGUGGGGAUGUACGAAGGUUACCCGCACAAGACGCACGACGGGGCGUUUAAAUUUUAUUAUCUCUUCCAGGCGGCGUACUGGGCCCAGCAGGCGAUUGUGUUGUUGCUUGGGAUGGAGAAGCCACGAAAGGACUUUAAGGAGCUAGUCGGCCACCAUAUCGUCUCGCUUGCGCUCAUCGGUCUGAGCUACAGGUUUCACUUUACGUAUAUGGGGCUUGCGGUGUACAUCACGCACGACAUUUCGGACUUUUUCCUCGCCACUUCCAAAUCGCUGAAUUAUGUCGACCAUCCGAUCACGGGACCGUACUAUUUCUUGUUUAUGUGCUCUUGGAUCUACCUGAGGCAUUUUUUGAACUUGAAGAUCUUGGUUAGCUUGUUUAAUGAGUUCAAGACUGUCGGGCCGUAUGUCAUGGACUGGGAGGGGGGCAGCUACAAGUGUGACUUGGCGUUUUGGAUCACGGGGGGUUUGCUGGGGAGCUUGCAGGCGCUGAAUCUGUUUUGGUUGUUUUUCAUUGUGAGGAUUGCGUAUAGGUUUGUGAGGGAUCGGGAGGCGAGUGAUGAUAGGAGUGAGGAUGAGGGGAGUGGGGAUGAGGGGGAGCAGCAGAACGGGAAGAAGAAGUGA